ACAAGUCAAAAACAUGUCUCGUCUGUCGAUCCUCGUUCUGUGCGUCAUGGCUUGUCUUGUACAGAUGGCUUUAAGCCAGAACUGUGGCUGCAACCAAAUCUACAGCAACCAAUACGGCGGGUCCGGCACCGGACAGGUCGGCGUGUCCGGUAACAUCGGCGCGUCCGGCAACACGUGCGUCGUCGGAUCCGUGCCCGUGCUCGGCGCCGUCGACUUCGGCGGCAAGGUCGCCGCGGCCGGAUCCGUGUCCAUCUCCGGACAGUGCGGAUGCGGAUGCGGAUGCAACUAGAUUUUUAUUUUAUUCCAUUCAUAAUAAUUAACACAGCAUGACAGCACUGUUAAAAUAUUUUGAUAAGUAUAACUUUUUUACGAAUUAUACAAGUAUGUUUUUUAUAUUAAAA